CAAUUUGUGCAGGUUUAUUAUGAAUUCAUGAGAAGCUUUCGAGUUGAGUUCAAUGAUUUGUUCAUUGCGGGUCUCAUUUCUGCUGUGGAAAUUAGACUUGGAGCUUCUGGGGACUUGGAGUACCCUUCUUUUUCUGAAAGAAAUGGAUGGAGAUUUCUUGGUAUUUGCGAGUUUCAAGUAUCUAUUUGCUCAUUACACCAAGAUUUCGGGAAUUCAUUGGUGGUAUAAAACGAGCAGCCAUGCAGCAGAACUCACUGCUGGAUAUUACAACACAUCAAACCAAGAUGGCUAUUCUCCACUGUUUGAGGUCCUCAAAAAACACAAUGCGACAAUGAAAUUCGUCAGCAAGGAAAUGGAGACACAGAUUUCACCCCACGAUCUUGUUGAAGCAUCUGCAGAUCCCAAUGGCUUGUGUUUGCAGGUCCUAAAUGGUGCUUGGGAUGAGGGACUAGCUAUAGCUGGUCAUCACGCCCCCCGGGAUUAUAAUAGAGAAACAUUUAUGAGACUCGUGGAGACAUCAAAGCCAAGAAAUGAUCACGAACGAUACCACUGUAGCUUCUUUGUACUCGAACGGCCAUGGCAGCGGAUUCAAACGGCAGAUAGCAUCUCAGAAUUAGAAUACUUUGUUAAAUGCAUGCAUGGCUAUGCAUAGUGUACCAUUUUUGGGUUUUCUCUCUCUUAUAUUUGCUUUAGAAACCAUAUCUGUACAGCUGUACUAUAUUACAGGAUUCUUAUCCUUGUCAAGGCAUCAAAAUACAUCAUGAAUCUUAAUUCCGAAAU